CGAGGUAAGAGCUCUCCACAGCUCAGCUAUUAAGGUUAAAGCUAAACCCCUUAAGCAAAAACCCUGAACGACUUGUAUCAUAGUUGUAAGAGUAUUCAUUUCUCUCACAGGUCACAGCAUCUAUUUUGUACACCAAAAACAAACACUAUUACUGUAUUACACUACUACAACAGCAAUGAAGAAGAGCGGCAAAAGAACAGGAGUCGUCCUGAACAAAUCCUCCAAAUUUAGCAAGCGCCAUGAAAUUUCCAAGAAUCCCAAGACCAAAAUCUCUCAAAAGAAGAAAAUUGGAUCCAAGGACCCAAAAGUUCAGGAUCUCAAGGUUGAAAAACGCACCACCGUUGUUUCUUCCCAACUUUUAUCCCCUAUUGAGCAGCGCAAGUUUUUUCUCGAUCAAUUUGAGUCUUCAAAUGCCAUUAAAAUCUCUUCCCUUGAGUUGGAGUCCAUUAAAGAUACAUACUUUCUAAAGCUAUCAGAGGGUUAUAAUCAAGAAAGUGGCAAUGUAGGGGAGCAUAUUAAAGAGAUGUUUGGAUCUUUGUGGAAAGAAGUGCUUUGUGAAUCUCAGCUUGUAGAGGGAAAAGUUGACCCAGGGAACCCAGCUGUCUUGGUCAUUAGUACUUCUGCUAUAAGAUCAUUGGAAAUGCUGAGGGGCUUGCGGAUAUUGACAAAAGAAUGCCAAGCUGUGAAGCUUUUCUCGAAGCAUUUGAAGAUUGAUGAUCAGGUAGCUUUGUUAAAGAAUCGUGUUAAUAUUGCUAGUGGUACACCAAGCAGGAUAAAGAAAUUGUGCGAAAUGGAGGCUUUGGGCCUUUCACGACUGGAAGUCAUUGUUCUUGAUAUGCAUACUGAUAUCAAAGGCUUUUCUUUGUUAACUCUUCCACAAGUCAGGGAUGAAUUUUGGGAUUUGUACAAGACUUAUUUCCACCAACGGCUUCUUCAAGGCAGUCUACGUGUUUGCUUGUAUGGUCCAGUACCCGUUGAAUCUGGUCGGAGCGUGAACAAAUCUGAAUAUCAAUAAACCAUCUCUAAUAUUGUUAGUAGGUUGAUAGAUUGUACUGUACUUUUGCACAUUCUUUUGUAAGCUACUAUUUUUGAUCUAGAAAAUUGUUUUGCUCAAUUUUGAUGUUUUUUUUAUGGUCAUAGAAACUAAAUUGAAAUAGGAAGUGCAACCUCAACCUAGUUAGAACCGGGUAACAUGUUUACCUUAUGGUUGGAUCGAUCUAGAGAAUGUUACAAACUUGGUGAUAAAAAUAUCUGAUGAGAUAGCUUUGACUGAAUUAUGAAGAUUAUUAAGUAUGUUCGAACAAUUUAGACACGAGGUGAAUAAUAUACCAUUCUAUUUGCA